AGAUAAAAAUAGCAGGAAUUGAUCAUUUUGAUCGUCGCUCGUUCAACUUCAAACUCGACUCGGCAUUCGGAUGCGAUUCAGUCUAUACUCGAGAAGCGAGAGAGUCGAAUUUCAUUCGUGUGAAGGUUACGACUUACGGCUAUAUUUCUCUGGAACUGUUUAAUUGCGUUUUAGCGCACUCGGAAAUUAUUAACACUGGUUUGAUCAUUGUGAUUCAUUGUAUAUUUUCGUACUAUUAUUAUUGAGUUAUAUUGUGCGGUUUUAAAAACAGAAAAAAUGUUCAGUGGAAUUGCAGGCGCGUUCCGAAGUAUCGGCGAGAAGACUGCAUCUCUCUUUGAACGCAAGAAGAAAGAUGCAGAGCAACUUGCCCAGGAGAAGGCUGCAGAAGCCGCUCACGUCGUGGAAGACCAGGUUAAGAAGGCUGGUGAGCUGGUGAGCGGCGCUGAGAAGACUGCCAACGAAGCCGCUAGCUCGGCCGCGGAUGCCAAGCAUUCCGCCAUCGAUGCGCUGGACAAGGAGAUGGCAAAGGUCUCCAUAGCAGCUGGUGAAGCAAAGGACGCAGCAGCUAAAGCUGUAGCUGAUGGAAAGAAGGUCAUCGACACCACUAAAGACACACUCGCAACCACUGUAGAUAACACAAAGAAAGCAGCUGAAUCAGCAAUGAACACAGCUAAAGAUUCUGUUAGUAACACAGUUGAAGGCACUAAGACUGCGGCUAAAUCCGCUAUGGAAACGGGUAAAGGUUAUGCAACGGGUGCUAAAGACACCGUGACCAAAAGUGUGGAUUAUGCUGUAGAUGCGACUAAGCAAUCAGCCACAUCCGGCUUUGAUGCCGCUAUAGGCUACGCAACUAGUGCCAAAGAUAGUGUAACCGAUGCAUUUAAUAGUUCUGUAGAACAUUCACAAAAAGCGGCAGAGACUGGUCAAAGUUAUUUAACUUCUGCUCAAGACACCGUGACCAAAAGUGUGAAUUAUGCUGUAGAUACGACUAAGCACUCAGCCACAUCCGGCUUUGACGCCGCUUUAGGCUACGCAACUACUGCCAAAGAUAGUGUAACCGAUGCAUUUAAUAGUUCUGUAGAACAUUCACAAAAAGCGGCAGAGACUGGUCAAAGUUAUUUAACUUCUGCUCAAGACACCGUGACCAAAAGUGUGAAUUAUGCUGUAGAUACGACUAAGCACUCAGCCACAUCCGGCUUUGACGCCGCUUUAGGCUUCGCAACCAAUGCCAAAGAUAGUGUAACCGAUGCAUUUAAUAGUUCUGUAGAACAUUCACAAAAAGCGGCAGAGACUGGUCAAAGUUAUUUAACUUCUGCUCAAGACACCGUGACCAAAAGUGUGAAUUAUGCUGUAGAUGCGACUAAGCACUCAGCCACAUCCGGCUUUGACGCCGCUUUAGGCUUCGCAACUACUGCCAAAGAUAGUGUAACCGAUGCAUUUAAUAGUUCUGUAGAACAUUCACAAAAAGCGGCAGAGACUGGUCAAAGUUAUUUAACUUCUGCUCAAGACACCGUCACCAAAAGUGUGAAUUAUGCUGUAGAUGCGACUAAGCAAUCAGCCACAUCCGGCUUUGACGCCGCUUUAGGCUUCGCAACCAAUGCCAAAGAUACUGUAACUGGUUCAUUUAGUAGCUCUGUAGAACAUUCGCAAAAAGCGGCAGAAACCGGUCAAAGCUAUUUAACUUCUGCUAAAGAUUCAGUAACAAAUGCAAUUCAAAGCGCAGUAGACACUUCGAAACAAACCGUUGAGUCAGCUUAUGAUACUACAAAAUACUAUGUUUCUAGUGCCAAAGAUAAUGUACAAACCACAGUACACAAUACAAUAGAUUCUACACAAAAGGCAGCUCACAAUGUUGUUGAAACAGGCAAAUACUAUGUUAGCAGUGCAACAGACACCGCGACCAAAACUGUGAAUUAUGCUGUAGAUGCGACUAAGCAAUCGGCCACAUCCGGCUUUGAUGCCGCUAUAGGCUACGCAACUAGUGCCAAAGAUACUGUAACCGGUGCAUUUAGUAGCUCUGUAGAACAUUCACAAAAAGCGGCAGAAACCGGUCAAAGCUAUUUAAUUUCUGCUAAAGAUUCAGUAACACAUGCAAUUCAAAGCGCAGUAGACACUUCGAAACAAACCGCUGAGUCAGCUUAUGAUACUACAAAACACUAUGUUUCUAGUACCAAAGAUAAUGUUCAAAGUACAGUGCACAAUACAAUAGAUUGUACACAAAAGGUAGCUCACACUGUUGUUGAAACAGGCAAAUCCUAUGUUAGCAGUGCAACAGAUACGGUAUCAGAUACAAUAGAAGGAAACACAGACGAAUGUACUACGGGUAGCCAGAGUCAUUUUGAUGUAGCGAAAGGUACUGCACAAAACUCUAUGCAAAGCGCUGUAGAUGCGUCAAAGAGCUAUGCGUUUUCUGCUUUUGAAAUAGGCAUAGCGUAUCUCAAUGAUGCUAAAGAUAUGGUAGCAAGCACUGUUGAUAGUACAAAAAAAGUUGGGCAAAAUACAGUAGAAACUGGAAAGUCAUAUGUAGAUUUAGCAAAAGAUACUGUGACUAGUAGUAUUGAAACUGGUAAAAAUGCCGCAACGUCUGCAGUCGACAUAGGAAUAUCGUAUGUAGGGGCUGCCAAAGACACUGUAGCUAAUACAGUACAUGACACUUUAGAAGCAAGUAAGAAUGUAGCUUCCGCAGCUGUAGAGAAAGGGACAUCACUUGUAGGAGCCGCAAAAGACACUGUAGCAAGCGGCGUUGAAACUACAAAAAAUGUAGCUGCAUCUGCAGUAGACAAAACUUCUUCGUUAGCGAAUAGUGCAAGUGAUACUGUUGCAAAUACUGUUCAGACUACAGUUGACACUACGAAAAACGUAACAGCUACAGCUUAUGAUAAAAGUGCUAAUUUACUAGGAGCCGCUAAAGAUUCUGUAUCGAACACUGUAUACGGCACUGUAGAUACCACUAAAAAUCUUGCUUCAUCCGUUUAUGAUAAGAGUUCAUCUCUUGUAGGAACAGCAAAAGACACAGUAGCGAGCGGUGUUGAUGUUACAAAAAAUGUAGCUGCAUCUGCAGUAGACAAAACUUCUUCGGUAGCGAAUAGUGCAAGAGAUACUGUUGCAAAUACUGUUCAGACUACAGUUGACACUACGAAAAACGUAACAGCUACAGCUUAUGAUAAAAGUGCUAAUUUACUAGGAGCCGCUAAAGAUUCUGUAUCGGACACUGUAUACGGCACUGUAGAUACCACUAAAAAUCUUGCUUCAUCCGUUUAUGAUAAGAGUUCAACUCUUGUAGGAACAGCAAAAGACACAGUAGCGAGCGGUGUUGAUGUUACAAAAAAUGUAGCUGCAUCUGCAGUAGACAAAACUUCUUCGAUAGCGAAUAGUGCAAGGGAUACUGUGGCAAAUACUGUUCAGACUACAGUUGACACUACGAAAAACGCAACAGCAUCAGCUUACGAUAAAAGUGCUAAUUUAUUAGGAGCCGCUAAAGAUUCCGUAUCGAACACUGUAUACGGCACUGUAGAUACCACUAAAAAUCUUGCUUCAUCCGUUUAUGAAAAGAGUUCGUCUCUUGUAGGAACAGCACAAGACACUGUAGCAAGCGGCAUUGAAACUACAAAAAAUGUAGCUGCAUCUGCAGUAGACAAAACUUCUUCAUUAGCGAAUAGUGCAAGAGAUACUGUUGCAAAUACUGUCCAGUCUACAGUUGACACUACGAAAAACGUAACAGCUACAGCUUAUGAUAAAAGUGCUAAUGUAUUAGGAGCCGCUAAAGAUUCUAUAUCGAACACUGUGCACGGUACCGUUGAUACUACUAAAAAUCUUGCUUCAUCUGUAUACGAUAAGAGUUCGUCUCUUGUAGGAGCAGCAAAAGACACUGUAGCAAGCAGCAUUGACACUACAAAUAAUGCAGCUUCAUCUGCAUUAGAAAAAACUACUGCACUAGCAAGUAGUGCAAAAGAUUCUGUAGCAAGUACAGUAGAUGCCACAAAAACAGCAGCAGCUAUAGCGUUUGAUAAGGGACUAUCAUUAGUUGGCAGUGCGAAAGAUACGAUAGCAAGCACAGUACAAGGUACAGUUGAUACAACAAAGAACGUAGCAAGUGCUGUUUAUGAUAAAAGCGCAAAUCUAGUUACUGGAGCUAAAGACUUAGUUACAAGCUCGGUGACGGACGACUCAGAAGAUUCUAAGGCUAAUAGCAUUCUUGAAAGUGGUAAAGACACCAUCAACACGACUGUAGACAGCACUAAGAAGGCUGCUGACGACGCUAAGGAGAAAGCCAGAAGAGCUGCAGAGGCUGCUAAACAAGAGGCUACGAAGGCUGCAGAGGCUGCCGCAGAAGAGGCCAAGCGAGUAGCUAAUGCUGCUGUAGAAGAAUCCAAGAAGGCAGCAGAGAAGGCGGCGGCAGACGCUUCGAAUGCAGUCAGCAGCACAGUUGACAAUACCCUCAAGAGAGUGGAGAACGCCGCCGACGAGGGAAUCAAGAACGCGGGCCACGUUGUCGACUCGAAGAUCAAAGACGCUGAUAGAUAUCUUAAUGAGAAACGGGAAAAUCUUGUGGGAAACUUAUCGUCUAAGGCACAAGACGGUGCUGAUGGAGCGGCUAGUCUUCUGAGCAAGGGGCUGAGCACUUUCAAGUAGAAAUCUCAUCAUUGUUUUAUAUUUCUUCCGUACUGGUCAUCCGGGAAACAAGAUUUAUCUAUAGAAACAAUAAGCACAAAACAACAGUUCCUCUGAAAUUGAUAUAAAAAUAUGUAUUUUCAUACCCAAAUUAAAACUAUUUUGCUACAAUUACCCACUGCUGACAAUGGGAUGUUAAAAUAUUAUAAUUUUAAUGUUAGCUCACAAACUAUGUGUCCCUACUUACUGAAUUUUAUAUUUAGAUUAAAUAUUGAUGUUGUUCGUUCAUGCCUUAUUAUGUUAGCACUUAUAUAAUAAUGCUUUAAUAAACACACAUAUACAUUAAAGCUUAAGAUUAUUUCCAAAGUUUACUCAUUUUUGGAAAUGUUAAAAUCUAUUAUAAAAUAACACUAUUAUUCAAUUAAACUGAGUGUAUUCCGCAAUUCUGAGCAAUUACAAAUAAAAUAUUUCGAAGGUUUAUUUCUCUAUUUGUGUUAUGUUUUUGGAAAAUUUAAAUUGUAUAAAAACAAGAGCUAAGUACAGCUUUUUGAAUGGGCUUUGAAUAUAAACUUAUACUUAACUGGUACCUGUAACCAUGAUUAAACUUAAGGCUUAAUAUAAUGUAAAAAAAUCUCAAUAAAAAUUAAGUUAUGCAUAUAUCUCUCAAAUUAAUUUGUAUAAAUAAGUACCAAGGGGGCGUGAAUAAACUACGUGAGAUGUGAGAUAAGGGUGGGAGAGAGGGGGGUUCUCGGCAAAUAUCACGCAAUUUUUUUUUCUGAUUGAAACAAAAAAAAACUUUUCGGUCCAUUUAAUCCAGAUUGUACAUGCUUAAGAUUUACUGUCUUAUUCAUAAUGACUUAGCGGAGAUUUAAAACAUCGCUAAAAUACGCUUGUUAAAAAUGGUAUUCAUAAUCGUAUAUUAGAGCUAAAACGCUCAUUAUCUCUUCGAUAAAGCUCACGUGACUUACAGUAGCUUCCUAGCUCCCUUCUAUAAACCUAUUAUAUGCACUCGAACGCAAAAAAACAUGGCCGGCAUCGAUCAGCUGUUCGUUUGAUUCGUAAACGCGUCCAAUAGCUUUCCACUCAAAGUUUUUGGAUAUCCAUCAUAGAUUGACAGCCGACAGACUUCAAAACAUUGAUUUUUGAAGUUUGAAAUUAAGGAUGUCUGUUUCCAUUGACAAUUCCUCAUUAAAUUAGCUAAAAUCAUGUUUUUUUUGUACGAAAUGGCAACAUUGCUUUCUAUAGAGACGUAGGUAUUAGUUGUGGGAGAUUUAUCUAACGACUAUGAAUAAGGAAUUUUAUCGAACGUUCGAUAGGCUUAAAACACGUUUAACUAAUAUAGCUUUAUACCUUCAAAAAGCUUUUUAUUAUGAAUAAGGCAGUUUAAUCUAGUGAAGUAAUCUUAAGUGUAAUCGUAAUACGAUUAAGAUCAUUUACUUAUUCGUUCGAAAGAGACCGCGCAUGAUUCUCCAUGGACUGAAUUAGAGUAGACAUAUAUAAUAUAAUAUAUAUAAUAUUGUUUUAAUCACAGUAGUUACGAUUUAAGUAUUCUGUUGUUAAAUUUUUAUUACACUUAUAACUCUCAGCAAUAUUGCUUACUAUCUUAACUAGUCGUAAAUAAAAGCAUGAAGUAUUUUUUUUUCUUAUUACAAUAACAAACCUACGCGCUUCGUAAGAAACCCACUUUAAAAAAAAUCUCACAUAAGAUUGGGGAAUGGGGUAGGGGUUGAAUAACAUCUCACCAGGGGGAGGGAGGGAGAUACGGUAAAUUAAAAAAAAAACACCUCACGUAAUUUAUGGACGCCCCCCAACUGUUAAUAUUGUGCUAAUACAUUUUGUAUUUUGUGCAUUUUGAAAUUUACAAUGACCUAUAAAAUUCAUGCUUGGCUAUAAAACUGCCGUCCAACUUCUGCCUUUAUUUAAUAUUGACCAGGUAUGAAAAUUUUAAGUUUAAAGAAAAAGGGUUAAAAAUGUUUUUAAAUUAAAAAAAAAUAAAUCUUAUUUUAUAUUUAUAUCAUUAUAUAUCAUCAGAAUGGUACAAAGAUUUGUUUGCAUAUUUACCUAAUAAUGACUAAUUUGAGUAUUUAGGUAUGUACGUUAUAUUUGUAGGUACCUGUAACCUAUUGUAAUAAUUAUAUUAUUAUGUUUUAUAUGUUUGUGUCGGACAUAUAUAUUAUAAUUUUAUUUUAUCAUUAGCAAGUAUAUGAUAAAUUGUAUAAUGUUUAUUGUUUAUUCAAUAAAUGCAUCGCAAGACA